ACUAACCAGACUUAUCCUGUUGACUUUGGCGUACAUGAACAGACCCUUAUGGAGAGGCAUCCAACCUCCUGAUUGCAUCAGUAGAAUAAUUGAAACUAUACUGUUUAGAUUAAGAACAUUUUACUUGAGUUUUCACAUAACUGACUUCUCUAGUGUAGGAAAUAAAUACUGGAACUUUUGAAGCUCAGUCAGUUUCACUGAAUUAAUCAAGCCACGUUCUGCUAAGACAGAAUGUCAGAAGUUUUACAAUCCCCAGAUCAUCCAGCCAACAUCAAGUUGUCUGAGAUGUGUGCCAGUAAGGACAAUACAAAGCAAUCCCCAUAUUCAGUGGAAACCCCUUAUGGAUUCCACCUGGACCUGGACUUCCUGAAAUAUGUUGAUGACAUAGAAAAAGGAAAUACCAUCAAGAAGGUUUACAUCCAGAAGAAAACCAAGCAACCAAAAUAUAGCACAUUGCCUAGAAAUUUCAGUAUCACCAAUACUCAAUUCUCCUCAGCUGAUUCUCAUUCUUGUGGAAGGUAUGGGGACAAAUGCAAGAUCACUUCUUCCCAGGCACCUAACAACAGAUGUAAAGGGGCCAGCAUCCAGGAGCUAUUUAAAAGUUCUCUGUGUAACUAUGAAUCAUCACUAUCACAACCUAAACUGUAUGAUUACAGAUCAGGAAAGACUUUAUCUAAUGCCAGGGAAAGUUUUGUGGAGAAUGGACUGACUCCCCACAGCUGGAUAAAACCUCCCCUUCUAAGGACAUCCAGUGCACCAGUUGAUUUCAAGGAGCGGAGUUCUGAAGAACAACAUCAAAGACUUUCCACGUCCCAGCAAAAAUUAGACCCAUCACAAAAUUGUGGCUUCAGUACGCUGGGCAAUGCAAUUAUCCGGGAGAACUACACCAUCACUGAAGUUGCACCACAGUUAAACGUGCCGUCGACUGAGGUCGGUCAGCUACAGCAGCAAGUAAAGCUUGUUCAGGGUAGAAACAGUGAGAUGCAGGAGCAAGUAAAGACCAUUACUGAACUCAAGCAGCAAGUACGUGUGUUACAGGAAGAAAAAGAACAGCUCUGUAUUCAGUUGAAAAUUCAUCAGAAUGCAACGCAGACUUCUGUCCCAGAGAUGAAAUUUGAUAAUAACGGAGACAAAACCAACUACGUCACAGCAGGAAACCAAAGCAGUUCUUCGGUCACACCAGGUGGAUCAGAAACAGUAGGAGGUCGGACAUCACUCCCGAUCAAAAGUAUAGCCUCUGAGUUCCUCAGCUCAGAUGAAAAAUUCCAAAGUGAAAAAGUGACCAACCUUGAUGAUCAAAUUAAACUUGUUUCAAACGUUACUGUAAGUGGAAAUGAAAACGUUGAUUUCAGUACCCGUAAGGAAGCCUUUCAGAACUCCUGCGCUGUAGAAGACAAUGAACACAGAACGAGGGAUGUGGGUAUUCAAGUUACCAGUGGGGAGAUGGGGCUGGUAUUUGUACCACACUCAAGCACAGAGAAGUUUUCCAUUAAAGAACCAGGAACCGUACAGGAAAAUCAGCUUAAAGGUGGAACUCAAGAACCCAAGUUGGCAGAGGAAACUGUAGUCCCCAAGGAUAAUAGAAAUAUUGUCUCCUCAAAUAAUCUGGAAGAUCCAGCUGUACAUUUUGAAAGGAAAUGUACACAAGACCAAACUGAGGUACCCGGUGCAGUUACCCAGCCUACAAAUCAAAGCAAUCGAGGUAUCACUGAACUCAAAUUUGGACUCCUUGAACCAAGUGAAUCAAAACAAAUGUGCAAGCAUGAUAUCGAGCCAGGCCUCCAACCAGUCACCAGGUCAAUACAUCGCGAAGAGUGCAGUGCAAGUGCAGCACACACAAAUCUAAUAGAGACACGCAGUGUAGGGGUCUGUACAGAUCACAUCGCCGUCAGUAAUGCAGAUGUUAUGGCAGUUGUUGAAACAAGUGAGAAAGCGACAGAUGCUGCGGUCCACGUAUGCAGCAAGGCUGUUGAGACUGACCAUGACUUAUCACUGCGCUGCAUGUGUCAUGUCAGCAGCAGCAAGGUGAACAAAGACUGCAGUGCCGUGUGUGACGACAACACUGAGAGUGAUUCUGACGGUCUGAAGAACAUUCAGAGCGGUUCUGCUGCUGGGAGCAAUGCCACGAAGGAUAAUGACAUAGAACGUCCAGUUGCUGUCAAAUGCCAAGGCAGUGGAUGUGAAAAAUAUGAAUCCCAAGAUACUUUCCAUGACUUCCCUCAGCCUGAAUCCCAGAUGAUUUCAACAAAGCCUGAAUUAGCCCAAAGUAUUAAAACAAUCGAGGGUCUUUUAUGCAAACAGCAGUCUUUUUUGGAGCAAAACUACCCUGAAUUGGCACAGAACUUCAAAAAACUUUGUUCGAGUAUAGGGUCCCUCAGCAUUCAGCUGAUAAAUUCUCUUCAGCCAUCGACUCCAUCACUUCCCAUGCUUGAUCAAUCAGAAAGGAACUCUGCUAAAAAGGAGUGUGAACCAGAAAUCAAAACCGUGCAUCAUGCAGAGCCAGUGUCAUCAUCCUCCGAAUCUUUGGACUUCAGGGCUGACCUCCAGCUGGAAAUGUGCAUCAGUGAUACAGCUGCGAUUCCAUCUGCAUCUCUUAAAUCUAUUAUGAAAAAGAACAGUGGAAAUAUCAAAUCAAGUGGUUCUUCAGCCAAAAAAUAUCUUCAGUUUAUUGGGGUAAAUGGCGGUUAUGAAACCACAUCAAGCGAAGAUUCCAACUCAUCAGAAGGAGGGUCAGACAGUGACUUGGAAAAGGAAGGUAUCAAGAAAGGAAAUCAAAUCCACGAUACUGACAAGAAAGCAGAAUUAUCAAAAGAUGCAGAGGGAACGAGAUGUGACGAGGUCCAGCCAUCAGCAAGACAUGCUGCAGUCACUAUUACGCAGCAUUGCACUAAAAGGCAUGAAUCAAAACCAAGCUUAUACUUGGCUUGUCAAAACCUGCAGCAUCACCUCAGCGAGUUGGGAACCACAGAAGACAAAGGCGUGAGGCAGAACUUGAGAACAGUUCAGUGGGAAUGGUUCCAGAUUUCCAGUCAAAAAUCUGCAGCUCCUGACAGAGUUCAAUGCUUUCUCCAGGAACUUCAAGAAAUGUCACCAGAUCUACUUCACUUUAUUGUGAACUUAACAGAUGACAAUCUGAACACUGCUCUGCAUUACAGUAUCUCCCACUCCAACUUCCACAUCGUGAAGCUCCUACUGGACACAGGUGUUUGCAACGUAGACCAUCAGAACAAGGCAGGAUACACUGCCACCAUGCUCACUUCACUGGCUACUGUUAAAACGGAUGAAGAGGUGGCAGUGGUUAUGCAGCUUCUUCAUUUGGGAAAUGUCAAUAUUCAAGCCAGUCAGACAGGGCAGACAGCACUAAUGCUGGCUGUCAGUUACGGAAGGACUGAUAUGGUCAAAGCUCUGCUGAACAAUGGGGCCAAUGUGAAUGUCCAGGACACCGAUGGGUCUACAGCCCUUAUGUGUGCAAGCGAACAUGGACACAUCGAGAUUGUUAAACUCCUUUUGGCUCAGCCCGAAUGUAACUCAGAACUAACGGAUAAAAACGGCAGCACUGCUGUGAACAUUGCUCUGCAAGCUGGUCAGAAGGAUAUCACUGAGCUGUUGAGCAUCCACAGGAAUAGAGACAUCUCUUCCACUCUUUGAUUUGCAUUCACUGCCACUUCCUUAAUUACUUCACAAUCAGGAUAAAAAACAGUAAUGACACUUAUUAACAGCUAGACACUGCUUCCUCACAGCUACAAAUCACUCACUGGAGAAGUCUUUCAGCUCUUCGAAUUAUGCAAGUUAUCCUGGUAUUGAGAAUCACGCCUUAGCUUGUCCUCAGAGAUCACAUAUUCAGAAGUUGUUAAUGCUAUAGAAAGAUACUGUCAAAAAGUGUACCUGACUGACUCUUACAGACACUAAAUCCUGAAGCUGUUUUAUGCAAUAUUUCUGUAACGCUGCUUCACAGAGAAAGGACAUUAAUUCUGGAGUGCAUGUAUGUUACAAGUUAAUGCUGUACCUUUCAGUGCCAUUAUAGUGGAGAACCUUAUAAAGAAAAUUUGCAUAUCAGAUGAUGCAAAUCCCAUUCAUCUCAAUUCUGAUAAAAGUAAUUGAGUACAGCUGUCGCUGUAGGACCAAAAAAAAUCUUUUGCUUUAAGAUUGAUAUACUUGCAAUAUCUUCAGAUUCAUUUCCAUUACAAAACAUGAUAGGAAAAGCAACACACACAAAAUGCUGGAGGAACUCAGCAGGCCAGGCAGCAUCUAUGGAAAAGAGUACAGUCGGCGUUUCAGGCCGAGAGAAGUCCUGCUGAAGGGUCUCGGCCCAAAACAUUGCUUGUACUCUUCUCCAUGGGUGCUGCCUCGCCUGCUGAGUUCCUCCUGCAUUUUGUGUGUGUUGCUUGGAUUUCCAGCAUCUGCAGAUUUUCUCUUGUUUAUGAUAAGAAAAGUGACUGUGGUUGUGAACUUACUGCCAUUAACCUAGAAUAAGCUGGUUUUGACAGUAACUACACUGUUAUGCUAUUUUGGGCUUUGUUGGCUUUGCCUGAGAUUAAUCUUGUUAAUAUUGCAGUAGUGUUAUAAAAUAUGCCCAGAGUCCUGAUGCACUAUUUAACACCAGCUAACACUGAGUCUUAAAUAUAUUACCGUCACUGUUUGUAAUGAUAGUAAGAAAUAAUGAAGUUGUUGAUUACCUUCUGUAGAAUACCCUAAAUUUGCAUGGCUAGAUCUUGAGUCAGCAAUUAGGUGUAGCAACCAUCAUAUUGAUUUUUAACUUUUCAUAAUCUGUUACAUAUUACAAAUGAUGGGAAUGACAUUACUGAUCAAACAACUUCAUUAAAUCAUUAAAUGAUAUUUUCAGCUAUCAAAAGCGAUUGUUUUCAGUCAUAGGAGACCUUAAGUUGGUCAUUAAUUCUCCACAUGUAGGCCUCACUGACAGCUUUGCUCCUUCCCUUUUUGUUUUCCCCUUAUUGACUCAUUCUCUUUCUUUCUCUCAAUAUUUCAAAGCAUUGUUUCGGUACCAUCUUGCUAAAGAAACAUCAAAUCUGUGCUUUGGUCACCUGAUUGGGGGCCAUGUAGACUCUAUUAUCCAUGUUGAUUACGAAUUGUUUAGGAAUCAAAACUUAAUCCAAAUCCUUGGGUCAGGUCUGAUCCAGAUUUCCUGUGUUCAGGUGGGCCGAUUUCUUCAAUCAACCAUCCCUGAUGGAAGUUCGAAAUGGCAAAGCCUAACAAAGAGAACCAAGGCUUUAAUUCCCAGUAAACAGGCCAAUAUUUGUCCUGAAAUAACAUCACAGAAACAGAUUUUCUAAUUGUUACUUGAUGAUCUUUGGCUUUCUAUUUAAUGCAGUUCAUAUCGCCACUUAAUCAAAUCCGAAACAAUGAAGGUACAGCUCAGAUCUUGGAAAUCGUGAAAUAUAAUUAAGGGAGAGUGACUAAAAAUAUUCAGUCCAGGAAUAUAAAAAUACUCAGUUGGAUAUGGUACUGUAGCGGUUUGAACAACACUUUAGAGAGCCAGCUGUAUAUUCAACCGGGGUUCGAUCCUCGCCACUGUCUGUAACGAGUUUGUAAAUUUUCCCCAGGACUGCGUGGGUUCCUCCAGUUUCAUCCCACAUUCCAAACAUGUACGGUUAAGGGUAGUGAACAUGCUAUGCCGGCAGAGGUGUCGUGGCAACACUUGCAGGCUGCCCCGAACAUUCCUUGCUGAUUUAACUUGACACAAGUGAUGCAUUUUAUUGCAUGUUUCGAUGUACAUGUGAUGAAUAAAGCUAAUCCUUAGAUCUUUAAUCUUUAAAGUAUCUAAAUGCAGAUUUGCAUUGCUCCCUUAAUGUAGCCACAAUAUUUCCAUGCAUUUUGAUAAUCGGUUGAUACCAUUCCCCGUCUGAGAGCAAUAGCCUUAUUUUGAGUCUAAAUAAAAUUUCAAGAAUUUUUGAUAACACACACACAAAAUGUUGGAGGAACUCAGCAGUUCAGGUGGCAUUAUGGAAAGGAAUAAAGAUUUGACAUUUCCGGCCAAGACCCUUCAUCAGGAUUGGAAAGGAAGAGGGGAGAAUUCAGAAUAACAAGGUCAGGGGAGGAGAAGUUGUUGUCUAUUUAAUAUUUCAAUUACAUUUGAGUAAUAUUAUAAAAAUCUUAUUUAAGUAAGUUUAAGUAAGCAUUCUUUGUUUAUUGAAAUUGAAAUAUCUUUAUUGUCAUUGCAUAGUACAAUUUGUCAUGCACCAAUACAGCGAAAAUGAGUUUGCAACUCUCAUACUCAAUGCUAUAAAACAACAAAUAAAAUAAAUAAACAAUAAAUAAAAUCAAGUAACCAGCCAGUACAAGCAAUGUCCAGCAGUACAAAAGCACAACUCAGAUCCAUGACAGCCAUAAAACCAGUAUUAAAGUAGCAAUAUAACAAAUUUAUGGAUGAUACUUGAUCGAUUGGUUCAGAGCAAUUAUAGUUCUGGGGGAUAAAGCUAUUUUUCAGUCUGGAAGUGCGGGCAUAGAAAAUCUUAUAACGUCUGCCAGAUGGAAGAAGUUCAAUCAGAUGAUUGCAUGGGUGUGUAUUGUCCUUACAGAUGCUUGUAGCUUUCCUUAAGCAGCGAGAGCUGUAGGUGUCCUCCAGGGCUGGGAGCUGUGUCCCGAUGAUCUUCUGUGCGCUAGAGACGACCCGCUGAAGUGCUUUCCUAUCAGCUGCUGUAGAGUGAUGCAGUAUGUUAAGAUGCUGUCUAUGGUGCAGCGGUAAAAGGUCACCAGCAUCUGUUCAGAUGGACCAAUUUUCUUCAGCGUCCUGAGGAAAAACAAGUGUCGCUGUGCUUUAACUAUCGUUGUGGUGUUAGUGGACCAUGUAAGGUCUUCUGAGAUAUGUAUACCCAGAAACCUGAAACUGGACACUCCCUCCACUAUGUCUCCGUUAAUGUAGACUAGAGCGUACUCGUCAUCCCGUGACUUUUCAAAAUUGAUAAUUAGCUCCUUAGUCUUGUCUGUAUUCAGAGACAGGUUGUCUUCUGAGCACCAGCUCACUAAGUUCUGUACCUCCACUCUGUACACUGAUUCGUCUCUGUUGGAGAUCAACCCGAUCACUUUUGUGUCGUCUGCAAACUUGACGAUGAUAUUGGUGUUAAAUGCAGGUACACAGUCGUAAGUGAAGAAGGAGUAGUAAACAAUUCAUUGUGAGUUCUAUGUAACAGUAAGUGAAUGGCAUCACAUCUUACAUGUGUGCCUAACUUAAAGUAAAAAUGAAACUAAGACCUGU